CGGGCUGUCUGGCUCUGGGGCUCACAGGAGUGGUGGCUCAGGAGCUGCAGGUGACUCAGCCUGAGACAUCAGUGUCGGUUGCAGCUGGAGAGACGGCCACUCUGCGCUGCACCAUGACCUCCCUGCUCCCCGUGGGGCCCAUCAAGUGGUUCAGGGGCACAGGGCCAGGCCGGGAGUUAAUCUACGAUUUCAAAGGCGGCCACUUCCCCCGAGUAACAAAUGCUUCAGACUUCACAAGGAGAGACAACCUGGACUUUUCCAUCCGCAUCAGUAACAUCACCCCGGCAGACGCCGGUGCCUACUACUGCGUGAAGUUCCAGAGAGGAUUACCUGGUGACACGGAGUAUAAGUCUGGACCAGGCACUCGGCUCACUGUGAGUGCCAAACCCUCUCCUCCCGUGGUAUCAGGCCCCGCCACGAGGGCCUCACCUGAGCAGACGGUGAGCUUCACCUGCAGAUCCCAUGGCUUCUCCCCCAGAACCAUCUCCCUGAAAUGGUUCAAAAACGGGAAGGAGAUCACAGCCUCCCAGACCAGCGUGGACCCGGAGGGAGACAGCGUUUCCUACAGCGUCUCCAGCACAGCCAAGGUGGUGCUGGCCCCAGGGGAUGCUCGCUCCCAGGUCACCUGCGAGGUGGCCCACAUCACCCUGCAGGGGGGCCCUCCUCUCCGUGGGACUGCCUACUUGUCUCAGGUCAUCCGAGUUCCGCCCACCGUGGAGGUCACCCAACAGCCCACGGCAGGGACCCAGGUGAACGUCACCUGCCAGGCGAAGCAGUUCUACCCCCGAGACCUCCAGCUGAGCUGGGUGGAGAAUGGAAACGUGUCCCGGAUAGAAAUGGCGUCGACCCUCAGGAAGAACAAGGACGGGACCUUUAACCGGACAAGCUGGCUCCUGGUGAACUCGUCCGCCCACAGGGGGGAGGUGCUGGCCUGCAGGGUGGAGCACGAUGGGCAGCCAGCGGUCAGCGCCUACCUCACCCUGGAGGCCUCUGCUCCCCAGAAGGACCAGGGCACACAUGAACUCCCUGGGUACCACCCUCAGUCUCUGCUGCCUGCUUCCCUCCCUGCGGGGCCCAGCCUAAGAGAAGAGCCAGCUGGGAGCUUCAACGACUCUGCUCCAAAUGGCUCUCCUCCACGGAGACUUGCCUGCCCCCACUCUCCUAAGAUCUUCUCACAGUCCUCGAGGCCCCCAGAGCUGCAUCUUCAUACAUCACUCUGAGCAGGAAGGACCUCCCCAACCUGGACUCUCCACCAUUUGAGGUCCUUUCACCUCUAGAGUACAAAUGAUUCGCCAUCAUGGUUUUAAGAAGAACAGUUAUUCUCUUUCCUCGUUGCCUAAACGUCCUACCCCUCAAACCCUGAAGGUCGUGUUGCCUCCUGUCUCUGGGAUGGAACCAGAACUUCCAUCCUCCUGCGUCCUUCCCGACCCUUCUCUCACAGUAAACAGACUGUGUCCAGAA